AUGGCGAGGCCGGGCGGGGCACCAAGGACCGACGACGCCAAGGACGGCGACGGGCCAGGGGGCGGAGACAAGUUGAGCAGCAGUCGCGCCAUCGCCGCGCUGGACUUCAACCCUCCCGACAAGGUCUUCGAGAAGGUCCUGAUGCUGCGGAUCAGGAGAGCACUGAGGGACGAUCCGCCGAUGUUGACGUCGCUGAAGGUGUCUUCGCGUCCGGAGGAGAAGACGCCGACCGCUGGAGACGCCCGCAACAAGCACGGCCGGCCUGAGAGAGAGGCAGAUCGACGCCCGUUGGUCGGUCAAGAUUUCAAGUCGUACAGCAAAAAGAAGACCGACCAGGGCGGCUCGGGUGGCGGCGCAGGAGGCAUGUCAGUCAAGAGCAUUACCACGGGCAAGGGCUACAAAAUAACAGAGCCAGUCAAGCGCGAGGAGGACAUCGAGAGAAGAGUUAGGGCUCUGCUCAACAAGAUCUGCCCCGACAAUCUGAAGAUCAUCGUCGAUCAGCUGGCCGGCGUGGACCUGCACAAGGCCGAGGAGUUGGAGCACGUGAUCCGCAUCAUCUUUUCCAAGGCCCUUGCCGAGCCACACUAUUGCGAGACCUACGCAGACAUGGUCUUUUCCCUUCGCUCCCGAUACCCAGAAUUCCCACCAGAGCAUGAGGAUGAGAAGGCCCACUCAUUCACUCGUAUCCUGCUGAACACCGUCCAGAACGAGUUCGAAAACCUCCCCACGACGUUUGAGCCCACGGAAGAGGAUAAACAAUCGUAUUCUGCAGACGACCUCCGCCUGGAGAUAGGAAAGAAGAAGGCGAAGGUGCUUGCAAACAUGAAGUUUAUCGGAAACCUCUUUCUUCGCCAAUUGCUUGCCGUUAAAGUGAUUGGUCAAGUGGUACAUGACUUGAUUGGGAUCAAGGAGACGCCCAUAGAGGAGCACAUGAUCGAGUGUGUCUGCGAGCUGCUCAAGGCGAUCGGGUACUCUCUGGACAACACCCCACAUGGCAAGAUGCUGGUGACCCAAUUCUCGCACCGCCUCAUGGACCUCAAGAAGGAGAUGGAUCCCACGACUGGCAGAUCUCUCUUCUCGAAGAGAAUACAGUUCCAGAUCCAGGAUCUGAUCGACCUCAGGGGUCGCAACUGGCAGCAGAAACUGUUCAAGGAACAGGCGAAAACAAAGGACGAGGUUAGGAAGGACGCCGCCAAGGAGGCGUACAAGACGGCGAAAUCCGGACCAGAGGCAAUGUUCGCCACCCAGGUUGCUGGGAUGAGACCCUCGUACAUCGAGGAACUCAAGUCUGACAGGUCGCAGCCUGGGCGUAGACAGGUCCACGAGCACCAGAGGGGACAGUUCGACCAGGUUCAUGUGAGGCGGUGUUUCCAGUACUAUGCCGAGGAAAGGAAACCCAAAGACCUUCAGGAUGAGUGGAUGAAGCCACAGCCGACCAAGGAGCAGGCAAAACAGGGCAUGGAGUGGUUGUGCGAGAUAGGUUUCAAUGACGCCGAAAAGGAGGACAUUGUUGCUGAAACGGUCGUCCAGCUGGUUGCGCAGCUGAAGAUCGUCCACUGGGAGAUCCUGAAAGAGGCACUGGCCCCGAUGCUGGAUACCCUGGAGGACGUAGCCAUCGACGUCCCCACGGCACCGAAGUUUGUCCACUCCUUGUACGCAAGGUUUAUUCACACAUGCGGCAGGGAUUUUAACACAACAUUGCUCAAGAUUUUGCCGCUUAAAGACAAGGAUGGCUCUGUGAUGGUUUGGGACCUCCUGGUUGGCAUCCUGAAGAGGCUGAAGCAGAUCGGAGGCCCCCAAGGCACGACCUUGGUGAGGAAAGCGCUGGAUAUGAAGGAAUUCCAGGACGCAGCAUGCGGCGCUAAGAAGUGCGAACCUUCCCAGGUCAACCAGCUCUUCCGAAGUGCUGGCGUCCAAGCGUGA